GCAAAAAGUGCAUACAAAUUUCAACAAAAUAUAAAAAAAAAAAUACACAGUGACUCAAGUGAAAUCGAAAGUCUAUAUAUAGUUUGUCGGUGAUCGAUAUCGGAUAAUUUGAGUACAUAUCGCGGACAUUAUGUUUACACUUCAACCGACUCCGGCCACAAUUGGCAGCGUUCCUUGGUCCACCGGAGCCCUCAUCGAACGGCUGCCCACCUUGGAGGAUAUGAACCAUAAGGACAAUGUGCUUGCUAUGAGAAAUUUGCCUUGCAUGGGCAGCAUGGGCGGCAAAGCGGCGGCAGCGGCGGCGGCAGCAGCAGCCGCAACAACAGCUGCAAUGGAUGCCGCCGCGGAUGUUACAACAGCGCCACAGCCACCACACUCUACAUCAUCGUACUUUACCACAACCUACUACCACCUCACCGAUGAUGAAUGUCACAGUGGGGUAAACCAAUUGGGAGGUGUUUUCGUUGGGGGCAGACCGUUGCCGGACUCAACACGCCAGAAAAUUGUGGAGCUGGCUCAUUCCGGCGCUCGACCCUGUGAUAUUUCACGGAUUCUUCAAGUUUCCAAUGGAUGUGUUAGCAAAAUUUUAGGCAGAUAUUACGAAACGGGCAGCAUUCGACCUCGUGCGAUUGGAGGAUCGAAGCCUCGAGUGGCGACAGCUGAAGUCGUCAGUAAAAUCUCGCAAUAUAAACGGGAAUGUCCCAGCAUCUUCGCCUGGGAGAUCCGGGAUAGAUUGUUGCAGGAAAAUGUGUGCACAAAUGACAACAUACCGAGUGUAUCGUCAAUAAAUCGGGUGUUGCGCAAUUUGGCCGCCCAGAAGGAGCAGCAGAGCAGCGUCGGCUCUGCGAGUAGUUCCAACUCGAAUCCCGGCGCAAAUUCAAAGGCGACUGGGAGCGGUACGGCAGCCGGUACCGUCACCGGUACUGCUAAUGGGAAUAAUAUUGGAAGCAGCAACGGAACGGGGCUUGGCAACGCUGGCAAUGAACUAAUACAGACGGCAACGCCGCUGAACUCCUCGGAAAGCGGAGGAGCGAGCAACUCUGGCGAGGGCAGCGAACAGGAGUCGAUCUAUGAAAAGUUGCGUCUGCUGAACACGCAACACGUUGCCGCACUGGAUGUGGCAACUGCCCCGCAAACGAUGACGAGCAGUCACUUUAGUCCACAUCCCCUCCACGCCUCCCAUUGCCAUCACCAGCAGCAGCAGCAACAACAACAACAACAACAACAACAACAGCAGCAGCAGCAGCAGCAACAAUGUUGGCCACCUCGUCAUUAUUCGACGGGUUCUUGGUAUGCAGCACCUUUAAAUGGAAGCAGCAACGACAUCUCAGCCUCGCCUGGUGUUUUAUCUGUUGCUGGUGGGUAUGGCAAUCCUGGCGCUGCUUUAGCUCCCGCACCAGCUCAUCCGUUGACGCCGCCCACGGAUCUCAUCAAUAUCGGUGGACCGAGCGUGAAUCUGGGCAACUGUACCAUUGCCCCAGACGAUGUGAUGCUCAAGAAGGAGCUGGAUGGUCAUCAAUCAGACGAAACGGGUUCUGGCGAGGGAGAUAACUCGAAUGGAGGCGCCUCCAAUAUUGGCACCAGCGAAGACGAUCAGGCCCGAUUAAUACUGAAGCGAAAACUGCAAAGGAAUAGAACAUCAUUCACAAAUGAACAGAUUGACAGUCUAGAAAAAGAGUUUGAGCGAACCCAUUAUCCGGAUGUGUUUGCACGCGAAAGAUUAGCUGGGAAAAUAGGAUUGCCGGAGGCGAGGAUACAAGUCUGGUUUUCCAAUCGACGUGCCAAAUGGCGACGUGAGGAGAAGUUACGCAAUCAGCGGCGAACCCCUAACUCCACGGGCACAAAUGGCACCUCCUCCUCCACCUCGGCUACCACCUCGAUGACGGAGAGUCCCAAUAGUCUGGGCGGGGGCUGCUCCACGCUCCUAGCUGGCUCAAGUGGCAGUGGUCUGAAUGGAUUGGCUUCGCCCAAUCCCAUCGGGCCGGGAAGUGGAUCAAGCGAAGCUGGCGAGGCACAGAUACGAUCCAUUGGCGCCUCCCGAUUGACUGAUGAGGUGGGCAACGCGUGCUCGCCGGGUAUAGUCAUAAGUGCGGAGCAUCACCUUCAGCAGCAUCAGCAGCAGCAGCAGCAGCGGCUUCCGCAUCCACAUCAGGUACCUCCACAGCAUUCGCAACAUCCGCAACAUCCGCAGCAUCAGCAUCAUCAUCACAUGGGACAUCAUACGCUGGUGCCAUCGAUUUCGCCGCGGCUCAACUUCAACAGUGGCUUCAGCGCCAUGUAUUCAAAUAUGCAUCACAAUACCAUCUCGAUUGGAGAGGGUUACAGAAAGAUGCCCAGCAUCAGUCAUGCCACCAUUGGUGGCUCGCCAAUUGCAGCGCAGCAGCAGCGCGAUCUCAGUCCGCCCACAAUGUACUCGUGCCACAUGCCACCGUUACGACCACCACCCAUCAUAGCGCCCCAUCAGCUGGUGGGCGUAGCCAGUGUGGCCGCCGAGAGUGGGGCGAGCAGCAGCAGUCCCAGCCUGGCAACAGCCGGCAAUGUGGCAACAAGUGGCAACAGCAACAGCAAUAACAACAGUAACAAUAAUAGUGCCACAAGUGGCUAUGAGGUAUUGUCUGCCUAUGGCUUGCCACCGCCACCAGCAGCAGCAGCAGCGAAUGCUACCUCAUGCCACCAGCACAACAGCAGCAGCAGCAGCAGCAACACAAUGGAGCUGCCACGACAGUCCAGCUGCAGUCCCAGCCAUCAUCAUCAACAAAUGGGCUUUGGCAGCGAAUCGAUUGCCAGCACAGCAAUGCCAUCCUAUGCCCACAUGAGCUACAAUUAUGCUGCAGCAGCGGCGGCCAGCAGUGUGGCGCCAUCUGGCAGUGGCGCCAAUGCGACACACGGCACCGGCAAACAACAGUUUUUCGCCUCCUGCUUCUACUCGCCCUGGGUGUAAAUCGGACUCAAUUGGUUCCAUUUUUCAUAUCGUCGUUUUUAGGAUUAAAGAGAAAUAAAAAAAAAAUCGAAUUUA